AACCUGGGCAUAUGCCCUGACCGGGAAUUGAACUGGUGAUCUCUUGGUUCUGGGGUCGAUGCUCAACCACUUGAGCAACACUUGCGGGGCCCAACAAUUUUUUUAAGACAAAAAUAAGUCCUACCUUCAAGAAGUUUCCAACAUGACUGGGAGAUGCAGAGACCAAAAGAGAAGUUUUCUAUGAUUCUGUAAGUUCUGUGGUUAGGCAGGGGUGGGGGUGGGACAUUGAUUAGAAGCAGGUAAGAGAGUUCUCAAGAAAAGAGGUAAUGCUUAGGAACCACAUGGAGUAAGAAGGUGUAGGGUGGUCACCAGUGAUUGGAUUUGUGUAUUCCUUAAUAAUUAUCACAAGUGAGGAGAGUGGGCCAGGCUGGAGAACUUGACCAGGAGAUGGCAGGUGUCUCUGAGGGUUUCCCAAUAGGACAGAAAUUAUCUAAGAAACUGUUUGUGGCUGAUGUUUGGUAUAAUUGACACAAAGAGGGAGACUAAGUCUCAGGAGUAGGAAAGGCAGUUGUGGUCUUCACUGUGGUCAGGAAUACAUGGGGGCCCAGAGAAGGGGGAGAAAGGAAGUUACUGAAAGCCAAAUACUAAUGCCAAGCUUAAGAGGUUUGGGAGGUGGGGAUGAGACUGAAGGCCGGGCAGUUUUCCAUGUUAGCAGAAUUAAUCCAUUCCAACUACUAACCAAAGGAGAGACGAGUCACCUCUAUCCUGAACAUAGGAAGCCAGCUAGAUCAGCUCCUUUCCUGAUGCAGCCUCAGCUCAGAUAGUGUUGUACUUGGUGAUCAGAGAAAUAGCAGAGGGGGAGCAGCAGGGUGGUAAACACGAAGUGCCUGCUCUGCACUAAGUGGAAAGCUAGGUGCUUUGCGUCACUUACUGCUCACAGCAAUCUCUUGAUAACAGGAGUAGUUGCCUCAUUUUAUUGAAGAAGUGAGGUUAAGGUUAAGUAAUACUUGCCCCAAGGCACACAGCAAAGUGCCAAGAGCUGGGAUUAAAACUGAGUUCUGUCUGACCCCAGAGCUGCUCCUUGCCAUGCCCCACCUCUGCUCCUCUGGACUUCUGUGAGAGAAGAACACAAGGACCUCACUGUGGGGAAGGAUCCAUUUCCCGCAGAAGAACCAUCUACCUAUGGUCUUAAUACUCCCCUUUAAGAAGUAGUAAAACUACAAGGUGCAAUAGUGAAUGUCAGGUUCUGUGCUGGGGACCAGUGUGAGACAAAGCUCACAGAAUGUCUCACCUAGCUUAGGCUGCAUUAAUAGAAAUUAGUAUCUAGAGCAUCUUGAUCAAAACCAGCUCUAAUCUAGCUGCCCAAAGUGCAGAUUGGUUUACAAAUGCCUCACUUUAAAGAGGGGGGACGCUUCCCCUUGAACAAAAAGAGACUAAUAUAGAGUAGAAGAAUGAAAUGUCUUCAAACCUGCGAAAGGCUCGCAUACGUGAAAGAAUGGAGAGAUGUUCUGUGAGACUUAAUGAGGCAAAACUAAGACCCCCUGGUGGAGGCCACAGGAGACGGAAACAGCUCAGUGCAAGGAUAAAUCUGCAAAGACUCAGGAGACGGUAAGUUCCCAGGAUUUGGGUGUGUCAAGCUCCACACAGCUAAAGUUCUGAGGACACUUGCUCUGUGUUAGAUCCUGUACUGAAUGGGUGACCAAAAGCAUCUCAAAUAAUGCUCACCCUAGGAAGUAGUUUCUUUUCGUGUUGCUGUGUUCUAGGUGCAGAAACUGCAGUUUCAAGAGGUAGGCAGCUUGCCAAGGCUGAUCACAGGCUCUUUACAUCAUGGCACCUCUCCAGGAAGGCUAUGGAAACACUGGGUCCGGGGGUGGGGAGGGUUGCUGAGGAAGGAAUCGUAGGAUCAGAAGGGAAAGGGCACCAGGUGACUUGGAAGGACCCCUUCCUGAGAGGCAGGUAUUUCCUAAGGCUGGAUUCUAGUCUCCUGCCCCAGUAGGUCAGAGCCAGGCAGAGGCGGGGGUGACUAGAGUGAGAUGGACAAAAUCAUAGUCCAGCCUAGCAUUCUGCCCCUUCCUUUCUGGAACUCUAGAAUCAGCUUCAUGAACCUCCAACCACCAGGCCCUUCUAAGAGCUCUAUUCCAGAAAAAGGAAAUGGCUGGACCUGACAGUAUGGAGCUGUGGCCACAGGGUGGCAGCAGUGCCUCAGCUGCAGAGGAUGUCUCCCUAGACCAAGGUGAGGCAGGUUCCAAGUAGUUGCCCUUUAGUGAAGAUGGGGUCCAUCUACAAAGAUUUGAAGCAAUCCCCACUUUCUGUGAGAUCCACACUUUCUUUUAGUUUCCUUCUGCAUCUCACUUCUCUAUCCACAGGUAAAUCUCAUAGUAGUGACUCCAUUUGUAACCCUCCAAGAGGCACAUAUGCAGGGAUAUGAAUGGACUGGUGACCCUGACUGCAGCCAGUUAGGGGAGGAACCAGGCUGGGUCACCCCAGCCACCUCUGACUCUGGCUCUUCCCCCCACUCCCUCUGUUCCAGGACACAAUACCUAGCCCUUCCUGACAGAACUUUCUUUAUGCUUUUAUUUUCAAGUUAGAAAAGAGGUGAUCAAUUGGAGCUCUCCAACCUGUUGAGGGAUUGGGGGGUUCUUAAAGGGCCCCCAGGGCCUGGCUCUGACAAAGCAUCUGCAAUUAAUGAUGCUUUUUGAGCUCUGGAGACAGGAUUUAUGCAUCUAAUAAAGUCUGUAACUCCAGGCUUAGGGGAUGGGGCUGGAGGCUGAGAGCAGGAAGUCCCUGAGGGGCCAUGGGAGGGGAUCCCAGGGGUUCUUAAAUGGAGCCGUGCAUUUCCAUUGCCUGCUCUAGAUUCCCCCUCAGGCUGCUAUAGGGAUGGGGGACAGGGGGACAGCAGGUAUAAGAGGCAGAGGUGGCCGUAGGAAGGCAGAUGACAGCAUGGAUUCCAGGCAGUCAGCAGUGCUGCUGGUGGUGCUGCUUUUAAUAACAGACUGGGGCCACGCUGAAGGACCAGGGGGCCAGGAUGGAGAUCAGAUCUUCACGGAGGAAGACACCGGACCCCGCGCACUGCAGGAUGCUGAGACCCCUGUUUCACUCUGGCUCUCCCUGCUCCAGGCCAUGCAGAGACCAGGCCGGAGCCCAGCUUUCCAGUUUCAGCCCCAGAGGUUUGGCAGAAAUACCCGAGGCUCCUGGAACAAUGAACGGCUGAGUACCCGAGCUGGGGAGGGGCUGAGCUCCCCCUUCUGGAGUCUGGCUGCCCCUCAGCGCUUUGGGAAGAAGUGACAUGUCAUCUCUUGAUAUGUUUGCAUGCAAGGCCCACACUCAAAAGUGCAAUGUGUCCCCCUCCAAAUAAAGCUGUCUGGCUUCUGAA